AUGACUGACUCGAACCUGGCCGCCACUGUUCACCACUCCGGCGGCUCCUACCCCGUCGUGGCGGGGUGGGGUAUCCUCGACGACCUGGGCGAGCGGCUCGUGGACGUUGGCGUCCGGGGCGCGGCCUACAUCAUCACCGACGAGAACGUGAUGAACCCCUACGGGCGGCGCGUUCAGCGGUCGUUGCAGGAGGCGGGCAUCCCGGCCCACUGCUUCAUCAUCCCCGCCGGCGAGUCCAGCAAGAGCUUCGAGCUGGCCCAGGCCAUCUACCACUGGCUGGCCGAGCGACGGGCCGAGCGCGGCCACACCAUCAUCAGCGUGCCCACCAGCAUGGCCGCCAUGGUCGACGCCUCCAUCGGCGGCAAGGUGGCCAUCAACCUGCCCAUGGCCAAGAACCUGGUCGGCGCCUUCUACCAGCCCAAGGGCGUCUUCGCCGACGCCGCGGCGCUGUCCACCCUGGGCAAGCGGGAGCUGGCCGAGGGCUGGGCCGAGGCCAUCAAGCACGGCUUCAUCCUCGACGCCGAGCUGGUGGACGUGUUCGAGGAGCACGCCGAGGCGUUGAUGGACGUGGACCCCGAGAUCUCCGCCGAGGUCAUCCGCCGCAGCAUGGCCAUCAAGGCCGAGGUGGUCAGCCAGGACGAGCGCGAGACCCUGGGCAUCCGCAUCCUGCUCAACUACGGCCACACCAUCGGCCACGCGCUGGAGUCCUCCACCGAGUACGGCCGCUUCCUGCACGGCGAGGGCGUGUCGGUGGGCAUGAUGGGGCAGCCCGCAUGGCUGCCGAGAUGGGCCUGA